AUGGCGGCGGCGGCUGCGAGCGCGGCUGCGGGGCCGGAGGCUGAGCCCGGGGCCGGGCCCGGGUCCGAGGCGGGGGAGGCCGAGGGGAGGCCGGCCAAGGCCCGGAGGAAGGGGCCGUCGCGGGCGGGGGCCGCGGCGCCCCGCCAGGCCAUGGGGCCGGAGUGGGAGCGGCGGGAGGAGGGCGCGAGCGAGAGCGACGGGGACCCGGAGGAGGAGGAGGAGGAGGGGGAGGGGGAGGAGGGGGAGGGGGAGGACGCGGCGGCCUCGUCGGCCGAGAGCUCGGCCGGGGAGUACGAGUGGGAGUACGACGAGGAGGAGGAGAAGAACCAGCUGGAGAUCGAGCGCCUGGAGGAGCAGCUGUCCAUCAACGUCUACGACUACAACUGCCACGUGGACCUGAUCCGGCUGCUGCGGCUGGAGGGGGAGCUCGCCAAAGUGCGCGUGGCCCGCCAGAAGAUGAGCGAGAUCUUCCCUCUGACGGAAGAGCUCUGGCUGGAGUGGCUGCACGACGAGACCAGCAUGGCCCUGGACGGCCUCGACCGCGAGCACGUCUACGACCUCUUCGAGAAAGCCGUGAAGGACUACAUUUGUCCGAACAUCUGGCUGGAGUAUGGCCAGUACUCGGUUGGCGGGAUUGGUCAGAAGGGCGGCCUGGAGAAGGUGCGCUCUGUGUUCGAGAGGGCGCUGUCGUCCGUCGGCCUGCACAUGACCAAGGGACUCGCCAUCUGGGAGGCCUACCGGGAGUUUGAAAGCGCGAUUGUGGAAGCCGCCCGGCCCAUAGCUGUCUUCCUUUCCCCUUUUGACCGGGAACAAACCUUUGCUUCACAGCUUGAGAAAGUGGACAGUCUCUUCCGGCGGCAGCUGGCCAUCCCCCUCUACGAUAUGGAGGCCACGUUUGCAGAGUACGAAGAAUGGUCCGAAGACCCAAUCCCAGAUUCGGUCAUUCAGAGCUAUAACAAGGCCCUGCAGCAACUGGAGAAGUACAAGCCCUACGAAGACGCACUGUUGAGUGCAGAAGCACCCCGGCUGGCCGAGUACCAAGCGUACAUCGACUUCGAGAUGAAAACCGGCGACCCUGCUCGCGUCCAGCUGAUCUUCGAGCGCGCGCUGGUGGAGAACUGCCUGGUGCCCGACCUAUGGAUCCGCUACAGUCAGUACCUAGAUCGGCAGCUGAAAGUCAAGGAGCUGGUUCUGUCCGCGCACAGCCGAGCCGUGAGAAACUGCCCGUGGACGGUCGCCCUGUGGAGCCGCUACCUCCUGGCCAUGGAGAGGCACGAAGUCGAUCACCGGGUGAUUUCUGGGACCUUUGAGAAAGCUCUGAGCGCUGGCUUCAUCCAGGCCACAGACUACGUGGAGAUCUGGCAGACCUACCUGGACUAUCUGAGGAGAAGGGUGGACUUCAAACAAGACUCGAGCAAAGAGCUGGAAGAGUUGAGGUCUGCGUUCGCCCGCGCCCUGGACUACCUGAAGCAGGAGGUGGAGGAGCGGUUCAACGAGAGUGGGGAUCCCAGCUGUGUGAUCAUGCAGAACUGGGCUCGGAUUGAGGCUCGGCUGUGCAACAACAUGCAGAAGGCUCGGGAACUCUGGGACAGCAUCAUGACCAGAGGAAACGCCAAGUUCGCCAACAUGUGGCUCGAGUACUACAACCUGGAAAGGGCCCACGGCGACACGCAGCACUGCAGGAAGGCCCUGCACCGGGCCGUGCAGUGCACCAGCGACUACCCGGAGCACGUCUGCGAGGUGCUGCUCAGCCUGGAGCGCACAGAAGGAACUUUAGAAGAUUGGGAUGUAGCUGUCCAGAAAACAGAAACUCGGUUAGCUCGUGUGAACGAGCAGAGACUGAAGGCUGCCGAGAAGGAAGCGGCCCUGGCCCAGCAAGAAGAAGAAAAGGCGGAGCAGAGGAAGCGGACUCGGGCCGAGAAGAAAUUGUUGAAGAAGAAGAAAAAGACCAGAGGUGGAGACAAACGGAAAGCGGAGGAGGACGACGAGAGAGAGUGGGGCGAUGAUGAAGAAGAGCAGCCGAGCAAGCGCAGGAGGGUCGAGAACAGCAUCUCCCCCGCUGCCGAGGCGGCCCAGGACCUCGAGGCGGAGACGGGGCUCUUCGGGCGGAGUGGCCCUGCGGACGCCGACACCCCCCCGAAGCAGAAGAGGGACUUGCCCAAGGUGGCCCACGACAGCAGCAAGGACAGCAUCACCGUCUUCGUCAGCAACCUGCCCUACAGCAUGGGGGAGCCGGAGGCCAAGCUCCGGCCGCUCUUCGAGGCCUGCGGGGAGGUGGCGGAGAUCCGCCCCAUCUUCAGCAACCGGGGCGACUUCCGGGGCUACUGCUACGUGGAGUUCCGGGAGGAGCGGGCGGCCCUGCAGGCGCUCGGCUUGGACCGGAAGCACGUCGAAGGGAGGCCGAUGUUCGUCUCCCCCUGUGUGGACAAGAGCAAGAACCCGAACUUCAAGGUGUUCAGGUACAGCACUGCGCUGGAGAAGCACAAGCUCUUCGUCUCGGGCCUGCCUUUCUCCUGCACGAAAGAGGAGCUCGAGGAGAUCUGUAAGGAGCACGGCACUGUGAAGGACAUCCGGCUGGUCACCAACCGGGCGGGCAAGCCCAAGGGCCUGGCCUACGUGGAGUAUGAAAGCGAAUCCCAGGCGUCGCAGGCGGUCUUGAAGAUGGACGGCAUGACGGUCAAAGGGAGUGUCAUCAAGGUGGCCAUCAGCAACCCCCCGCAGAGGAAGGUUCCGGAGAAGCCGGAGGCCAGGAAAGCCCCUGCUGGCCCCAUGGUGCCACGGCAGGUCUACGGAGCGCGGGGGAAGGGCCGGACCCAGCUCGCUCUGCUGCCUCGCGCUCUGCAACGGCCCAACGCCACAGGCCCUCAGGCCGAGAACGGCCCCGCGCCUCAGCCCCCGGGCCCUGCCUCGGGACCUCCGGAAGCCCCCAAGAUGUCCAACGCCGACUUCGCCAAGUUGCUUCUGAGGAAGUGAAUGGGACCUUGAGGAGAGGGAGAUGCCUUACUCAGUGCUGGCCAGGAAGCCCCGCCAGCACCCGCUGGGCCCUCCCCCACGGGCCCCGCUGGCUUGUGCCGAGGGGAAGGGGCGGCCAGGAUGCCAGCGACUCAGGCUCCCUCAUAUUGAGGGCGACCGGAGCACCAUCGCUGCGGCUGGGCACGGGGCUGCUUUCCCGAGCUACUUCUGCGUCUUAAAGAGCGAAAGAGAAACAGAAGUGAGACUUUUGAGACCCACCGUCCAAAUGUUUCUGGCCAGCUGUGGCCCCUUUUUCUAAGACACCAGUGCACAGCAGCGGUACCCCUCACCCUUUCAGUUCUGAAAAGAGAAAAGGGCAGAUGCCAGGAAUUCACCAGGCCUGUUUGGGUAGAGGGACGGGGCUCGGGGAGGUCCCGCAACACCACCGGAUGGAUUUUUGUUCAGGGGGGUUGUGCAUUUUUAUAUGCUGUGUUUGUAAAUGAGACACCCAGCCACCGUUUCAUGUUUCCUAAAAGCAGAAUACUUGUGACGUUUGUAUAGGAAUUCUUUGACCGUUUUCUUUGCCUUGUGGCUAGUGAGCCGUGUCCUUUGUCAGAAUCCUUGUCUCGGCCCUUUGGUUUUGUUUGAACACCAUGUCGAGUGCAAACUUAAAUUCUCCCCACUUAGCUUUGUUCAUUAAACUGAAGUUCUUGUUAACGCCUCUCGCCGAGGUGCUCAGCUGUACAGAUACGGAUGUCUUGGGAAAUGGCUGUACCUUGCUGUAUCUCACGGAUGUGUAAAUAGAACUUUUUGUAAGUCA